AUGUCUUUCCUCUCAAGAACAACACCAAUCCUCCGCACAGCGGUCCGAUCAUCCACCACCUAUUCAGCACCCAGAUUCUUCUCUGUCGCAACCGUACACCAAAAGUCGGCGACAGAGACAGUCAAGGACGGCUUAAAGGCUGUAGACCGCACCAUCUCCGAUGCUGCCGUAGCUGGUAUUGACAAAGGAGUCGAAGUCAAGGAAGCAGUAGCAGGCACCGCCAGCAAAGAGACCGGCAAGGCUCAAGGCACAGCACAAGAAGUCGCCGGCGAAGCAAAGGGCAAAGCUGCCGAGCUAAAGGGCCAGGCUAAAGGAAAGGUCGAGGAGAUCAAGGGCAAGAUCUAG